CUUCUGUUUACUUCCCAUAACUAAUUCCCAUAAUAUUUUCUUCCCCCCCUCCCGGCCUUGAUUCCUCUCCGCCCAAUCCAAACCCUCCUUGGAGCUCCCUUGUUUACGAUUCUGGUUCUGCAGAGCGUCCUCGGCCCCUAUCGAGCGUUUUCAGGGUCAUAGCCAUGGCUUAUACGGACGAUGCCGUCAAGGCAAAGCUCUCGGCACUCAAUGAAACCCAAGAAUCCAUCGUGACAGUUGCACAAUGGGUCAUGUUCCAUCGGAGACAUGCCGAUCGCACCGCACAACUUUGGCUAGAGAAAUUACGCGAAACAAAUGCUUCUAAGAGGCUUAAUCUGAUAUAUCUUGCGAACGAAGUUGCACAACAAUCAAAAGCACGGCGCAAAGAAGAUUUUUUGAUUGCAUUCUCUCCUAUAAUUGCAGAUGCGACAGCAACCGCGUUCAAAGGUGCCCCGAACGAAAUCCAGCAGAAAUUGCGACGUGUUGUCGAAGUGUGGAGACAACGGAGGAUAUUCGAGGCUCCGAUACAAGAUGCUAUCGAGGCGCGAGUGGAAGAGGUGGAUAAGUCCAGAGCCUCCGGAAAGAAGCAGUUGCUCGGCGGUUCGCUAUUCUCUAGCUCGACGGGAUCUCUUCCACCUGAAUUACAGCCAUUGGCACCAUUACAAAUCGCCGUCUCUAAGGCCACCGUAUCGUCGAAUACUGCAGUAGCUUCUGCCAAUGUAGAAUACGACAAAAUGAAUGACCCCACAGCAACAAUUCCAACGCCACCAGUGCAUGCCGCCCGACUCAGCCAACUCCUAAAAUCACUAGCCAGCGCUGAAAGUUCCGUUUCGGAGAUAAUCAAGUCCAGACAAAGCCUGAUCGAAGGCCUCGAGAAACUUCUCGACACGAAUCGCUCGGCACUGGCGGCUGAAAAGGCACAGCAUGAAAAGAUAUCCGCGCAAAAGGCCGAGACGGAGGAUAAAAAACGCGAAGUCGAAGACGCCAUAAUGCGCGGUCUUGCCGCCGAGGGCACCCAAGGCAACGGCGAUGGCAGCUGGAUGGGCCCCGCCCAGAGCAGCGGAGACAACGAGCCGGAAGCCCCCGCCGUUGAAGAAUUAACGCCACCGCCUGUGGAAGCACUCACACCUGUGGGAUCGCCGAAAUUGAAUCCAAUUCCUGAGCCGGGAAACGACCACGGUGAAGGGCAGCAGCAAGCCGAACAGCCGCCGUUUUUACCCAUCGGAGGUCUUCCCGCUCAAGUGACAGGUCAAGAUCUGAGCCAGCUCCCCGCAGUGAAUCUGCCACUCGUAACCAACCAUCCUCCAACUGGACACGAACCACCUGCGAAUGGAUCUAGCUCCAAAAAGCGUAAGGUCACUCACACCGGUGAUGACUUCGCUGCGACCUUUGAAGGCGGUGACGCAAUGGCCGACCUGGAUGCUGAUGUGGCGGAGUUGUUGAGACAGGAGAGUAAUAAAUAUUGA